GUUCUGGUCAUGCUGGGGAUCGUCUUCGGCGCCGAGAUGAUGUUGGAGAUGCAGUGGCGUCUGCGGCUGCGGGGAGCAGGGAUGGAGGAGAUCGCUGGAGGUGAGCAAGAAGGAGCAGGUCGUCGGUUGGACCCGCGUCGUCCCACUGCCCCGAUGGAUCCAUGGGCUGCGGGACUGGUGGGCGGACAGCUGGCGGACCUCAAGCAGCAGGCCCUCUCCGAGUUCUCUGCGCUGGCGCUCGAGACCCUCGCACGGGAACUCCCGUCGGCUCUGGGGCGAGCUGCUGGCCCGCUCUUCGAGAAGCUGGAGAAGAAGUGGGCGGACGCGAUCAAACGGGUGCAGAACCAGCUGGAUGAGCAGGGCGGCAGACUCACCAAUGUGGAGGGGCACACGCGGGUGCUGGAGCAGCGGCUGGCCCACUUGGAGAAGGAGCUCGAUCUUGCACGGGCGCGGCCGCGAGAGGUACCUGUUGUGUCAUCUGACUGGGACAGGGCUGUGGACCACACGAUCCUCGUGGUUCGCUCCCCCGACAUCGUGCCCAAGGCCGGCGUCCAGGAGGCGCUCUCGGAGUGGCUCAAGGACGCUAACUUCGCCUUUGGGAAAGAGGCCGAGCUCUUGGGGGACGACAUGGGCAAGCAGUUCACGGUUGCCUUCCUGGGUCCCAUGCAGGCGACGAGAGAGUCUCGGCGUCGUCAGGCCCAGGGGGCGCUCAGGUUUCCGACGGGAAGAUGGAGGGACUUCGCGGUCAAUGUGGGCGGGCGCAGGUCUCCCAUCUUCGUCUCCGUGGACAAGAACAGGAAGGAGGUCGCCACGGAGAUGGCAUGCAAGAAGUUGCGGAAGGCAUUGCAGAGCGAGAUGGGCAUCAUCACGUUCAUCGACAGGGAGGGCGGCCAGCUGCUCUCAAAGUGGGAGCCGCUUGCGAAGAUCACCCCUUCCUCGGCCACGCGGGUCCCGAAGGUGGAGUGGAACCAGGCAGCGCUGGGCGACCUGGGAUUGGGCCACCAACAAGUCAUUGAUCUUGCCCGCAAGACGUUCGUUGCUCGCGAUAUACAAUGGUUAGCUUCUAGGCGGGCGGUCUUGCUUGCCAAGCUGGCGCAAAUGGAUACGAUUGUGGCGGUGCAGGAGACGCAUGGUGACGCUGGAGCGGUUCAGGAACUGCUGCAUCGUGUGAGGGUACGUCAUCAUGCGUUCCAGUCUCAUAGUGGGCCCACGCAGUCAGACGGUCUUCUCACCCUGGUUCCCAUGAGGGACAAUCUGGAGGUGUCGGAGCACGUGGUGAUGGUCCCUGGCAGAGUCAUGUAUUUGAAAAUUCGGUGCACUCUCAGUGGCUUCGUUUGGUACCACUGGAACGUUCACAAUCACGGGCUGGACUGUAUCAGAAUCCACGCCAUCAGCAUGGUCAUCGUCAAGCAACUGGCUGAAGUAAGACUUGAUCCGAUGAUGUGUUCGGUCAUCCUGAUCGGCGAUUUCAAUCUUUCUGAUGAGGCGGGUGAGGUGGCCACGGCGUUCAGGAAAGCAACGCCUGGCUCUGCGGCUGCUGCGCACGUUGGCGGCCUGGAGAGACAUGUUUCAGCUCGCGCUCGAGCCUCGUCAUCUCGCGCUGGCAAGGCUGGUGACAGCACCUGGAGGAAGAUCUUCAGGAAGAUGACUGAGCUCGCUUUCGACAAGCCCACGCACUGGAACGAGGGCACCCAGUGGGUGUACGAGGAUAGGUUGUUUGAGCAGGUAGUCAAGGAGUUGGAGGAGGUGGUGGGGAUUCAGGACAUGAUGAUGGAUGCUCCGAG